AUGUGCGCUGACCCCGAAGCCUUCGCUUUGGCCGUCAAGAUCUUCGCUGAUAGAUACAGGGGCAUGAAGAUUGACUCCAUUGGUGGUUUCGACGCUCGAGGCUUCAUCCUCGGCCCGCCGGUGGCUCUCGCGCUCAACAUCCCGUUCUUCAUGCUGAGGAAAAAGGGGAAAAUGCCAAACGUCAUCGAUGGAGCGGCGUACUCCAAGGAGUACAAGGGGGACGACGGGGCCGGCCAGGACGCCUUGUGCGUGCAGCGCUCGGCGGCCACGGCGGGGCAGCGGGUAGUUCUUGUGGACGACUUGGUGGCAACGGGGGGCACGCUGAUGGCCGGAGUCGACCUCGUGAAAGGGUUGGGUGCUGAGGUGGUGGAGUGCGCGUGUAUGAUCGAGCUGAAAGCGUUGAACGGCGUUGGCAAGCUGCACGAGCGCCAUGCGGACGUACCUGUGUGGUCGCUCAUCAGCGAGAACAUCCUCACCGUCAAGGGCGAGGAGAGCAGCUAG